ACGCAAUGGGGACAAAGGCCUAGAGCUAGAGAUGCGGGGUUGGAGAGCAGGUUGCGCACCUAUUUGCGGUGUGAUUCCGACCUCGGCCUUGCCCAGUACCCUGAUGACUGUCCGCCCCAAAGCCUUACAUAUAAUUACUUCUCCUUCCCUAAGCUGCAAGUGUGCGUCAAGCGUGCGUCUGGCCUUUGUUGAACCACGGUACGCCUAGUCGACCAGCCAGCUGAUUAAGUACCACGCCGCCGACAGCCCUCGACAUCGCUAGCCGUGUAGCUCGACAGCUGCAUUGACCGCCAUCAUGUUUGGAAAGAAGGAGAAAGGCAAUGCAUCUCCGGAUCUGGACAAGCAAGAACAUGCACCCGCCUACACUACCAGCGACUACCAUGACGCCCCCGAACUGGCUACAUGUCCGCCCAACACUACCGAAACCAAGCUCGUGGCCAGGAUCGACUUCCAUGUGCUCCCAUUCUUAUGCAUCAUGUAUCUCCUGGCCUUUUUGGACCGCGUCAACAUUGCAAAUGCAAACGUCUUUGGUCUGAGCGAGGAACUCGACCUACUCAAAGACAACCGGUACAACACAGCCUUGGUCAUCUUCUUCGUCCCAUAUAUUCUCUGCGAAAUACCCUCGAAUAUCCUGCUCAAGAAGAUGAAACCGCGUAUCUGGCUUAGUAUCUGCAUGUUUGGUUUUGGUCUCGUUACCAUGCUGCAGGGUUUUGUCCAGAGCUACUCCGGCCUUUUGACCACGCGUUUCUUCCUGGGAGUAUUCGAAUCAGGCAUGUUUCCCGGUGCCUUCUAUCUGAUUGGAAUGUGGUACCGUCGACACGAGGCGCAAAAGCGGUACUCCUUCUUCUUCUCAAGCACGACCUUGGCCGGGGCCUUUGGUGGACUACUCGCCAGUGCGAUAGGAAAAAUGGACUACAUGCGAGGUUACCGCGGUUGGAGAUGGAUCUUCAUUUUGGAGGGGUUACUUACCAUCCUAUUCUCCUUUGCAUUCUUCUUCCUGCUCCCGAAUUUCCCCGAGGAAGCAAAAUGGUUGUCUGAGCCCGAACGCGCCUUCGUCCAGGCACGCCUCCAAAUCGACCAGGGUCGAUCUGCAGCCGAGCGCCCAAUCAAACUCCGAGACGUAGGAAACGUAUUCAAAGACCCAAAGAUAAUCGUUGGCGGAUUCAUGUACUUUGGCCUUAUCGUGCCAGCCUACGGAUACGCCUACUUUAGUCCCACCAUCAUCCGAACCUACGGCUACUCGCCUAUUCAAACUCAGCUGCACAGCGUGCCUCCCUGGGCUGCUGCCUUUGGAUUCAGUAUGCUUGUCGCCUACUUUUCUGAUAGGCUCAAGCACCGCUUCCUCUUCGCCAUCUUCCCCAUUUGCGUCUGCAUCGCUGGCUUCGCCAUUUUACUCGCCGUGCACGACAAUCACAACCUCCAAUACGCAGCCUUGUUCCUUGUUGCUAUGGGCGCAUACACGGCUAUGCCGGUCAUCGUAUGUUGGUUCAACAUGAAUCUAGGCGGUCACCACAGGCGAGCCAUAGGCAGUGCAUGGCAAGUCGGAUUCGGCAACAUUGGCGGAAUCAUUGCCGUAUACUCGUUCUUGAAAAAAGAUGCACCAAAAUACACGCCCGGCUAUUCCAUCAGUAUUGCAUUUGUCUGCCUGAGCGCACUGAGUUGCGCGCUGUACUUUUUCAUGUGCAGUUGGGCGAACAGGAAGAGGAAUAAGAGUGUCAGGGAUGUGGGACUGACAGAGUACGAGAAGACGGAGAUGGGCGAUUUGAAUCCAGAGUAUAGGUAUUUGUUAUAGAUUCGGCAUGGGUGGUCUGUCUGGAUAGACGGGUGGGAUUGUGGGGGUAGAUAUGUAAUUCUGACAUGAAUCCUGACAUUGACAUGUCAAGGGUAUGCCCGAUUGUAUAAAUGGUAAAACAGAACCUAAGUAGAGUGGAAGAUAUUGGCGUUUCUGCCUGUAGUAUAUUUAAGUGUGUUUAUAUCUUCGUAAUACUGGAUAUCUACAAGAGUCUAAUAAACAUCAUGUUAUACA